AUGCAGGAUGUCCGCCAGGGGCUGCUGAAGCUUCCUCGGAACAGAGCCAGUGGGGCAAUCACCGCCGAAGAGUGGCAGCGGGGUCUGGCGCUCCUGGCCCACCUCGAAGAGCAGGGAACCGGGGCAAGCGCCAAGGCGUACGGCGCCGUGAUUGGGGCAUGCGGCCGCAGCGCAAGGUGGCUUCUGGGCCUGGAGUUGCUGGCCUCGCUUCUUGCGCGGAGGGUGCAGCAGGAUGUGACGGUCUGCACGGCCGCCAUGCGAAGCUGUGGGCUGGCAAGGCAGUGGCGGCAAGCGCUCGCGCUGCUGAGCCAGGCGCUGGCCUGCUCACUGCAAGUGGAUCUGAUCGCCUACAAUACCGCGGCCUCGGCGCUCGAAAGGGGCAGCCAGUGGCAGAGGGUGUUAGAGCUCCUCCAAGACCUGGAAGCUGCCAGCUGUCCAGGCGACAAGAUCACGUUCAGCUCAGCCAUGGGCGCCUGCGGCAAGCAGGGCUUGUGGCAGACCACCCUCCAUCUCCUGGAAUCCAUGCAGCGGAUGCACGUCCAAGGGGACCUGCGCAUGUACACGGCUGUCAUCAGCGCCUGCGGCGCAGGGAGGCGGUGGAGGGAAGCGGUUGGGUUGCUGACAGAUUUCGGAGCUCUGAGUCUGCAGCCAGAUGUGGUCGCCUACACGGCAGCCAUCCAAUCCUGUACUCAAGGCACAGAGUGGGAGCAGGCUUUGUCACUCAUGAAUCAGAUGCUCUCGCAUCGCUUGCAGGCAGACCUGUUUAUGUACAACUCCAUCAUGAAUGCCGGCGUGGAAGGGAAACAGUGGCUGCUGGCAGUAGACUUGCUCCGAUCGCUGCGGGGCUCCUUGCAGGGUGACGCCUAUACCUAUAGCAUCUGCCUCUGUGCCUUCGAAUGCGGGGGUCAGUGGAAGCAGGCCGUAGCUCUUGUGGAUUCGCUGGGGAAUCAGAGGCUCUUGACCACUGCUGUCCUCAACUCCGUCAUCCCCAGCCUUCGCUGGUCUUCUGCCCUCGCAAUGUGGGCUCUACUUGCAUGUAGGAAUUUGAAGCCGGAUGGGAUUACGCCUGUCGCCAUCUUUGGGGCAUGUGAAAAGGGAGGGAAGUGGAGGCAAGCCACCACCUUCCUCCUGGAAAUGGACCGAGGUCGUCUAAAACCCACACUUUCUGCCUACACAGCCGCGAUGGGCGCCUGUAAGGUAGAGGCAUCCGAGGAGUCAUGGCUUCCAGCUUUGCUCCUCCUGACCUCCCUCCGACACCGCACCUUGCAGGGAGAUGACGUGUCCACCAACUACGUCAUGGCGUCCUGCGCGGGGUCUGGGCGUUGGGCCGAGGCCCUGGCCGUACCGUUCGAGGAAGAUGUGGACAUCUCUACCUGCAACACGAGAAUCGGUGCAUGUGCAAAGUGGCAAGAUGCCAUCGCUCUGUACAACGCGAUGUUGCGUUCUCGGCUGACUCCGGACCUUGUAUCUUACAGCACCGCCAUUGGUGCCUGCAAGAGAGGGGAGCAGUGGCUGCAAGCACUCGUGUUGCUGGCGGAGCUCAAGGGUACACGGCAGGUGGAUGCCAUGGCUUACACGGCGACUAUUGGUGCCUGUGCUGGGGGAGCACAGUGGCAGAUUGCACUGUGUUUGCUUGCAGAGGCGUGCAGCUUCCGGGUGCCUCAGGACGAUGUCAUCAUUGCUUCCGCGGCCGGGGCCUGUGUGCGCGCCACGCGGUGGGAGCUUGCUUUGGACUUCCUGCAGCUUGGAGGUGCGGGCAAGAUGACGGUGACAGCGGUUCUGAAUGCAUACCUCGGCACCUAUGGGCAAGAGGAGAAGCCGGACGGCAGCGCAGAGGAUGCGCCAGGUGAAGCGGCAGGGCGGCCUUUAGAGGACCUGGAUGAGCCUGGGGCCUUGUGGAUACAGUCGUUACCUGUAGGGCCACCAGGCUGCGAUUGCCGCCGCAUGGCAGCACAGCGAGGUGCUUGCCCUCAGCUUGUGCCGCUGCUGUCGGUGGCCGUGGCCGGCCGCCAAGCCGCCCUACGCCGCCUCGUGAGACCCAGGAGCUGGGGCUCGGGCGAAACGGCGACGGCCAUGGUGUUCCUUUCGGGCGCCUUGCGCUUGGCGCGGCGCCAUCGUGCCGGGGGAUGUUUUAGGGCCUCCUUCGCGAGCACUCGGAGUGCCGGCACGGCCGUGGAGAAGCACUUGACGCGGCUGCCGGGCACCCGACAUGCGGAAGACUUGCACACCCCACGUUCACUGUCACCGCCCGUGUUGGAGCUGCUGCGCAGCUUCCGCUACGCACCUCCAGGCCUCGUGGCCGCCCUGGCGAACGUGCUUGGACUCCCCGAAGAGUCGGAGCCGCUGGCCCGUGCCCUGGGUGAGGAUCCGGAGGCCGUGCUGACCUGGAAAGCCAGGCAGCGUGCCCAGGAGAUCGUGUCUGGAGACCUGACGGUCGCAGUGGGACCGAAUCGGCUCCUGGACUCCACCUGGGUUCUUGCAGGAAGGGAGGAGCUUUCGGCGAAGCUUUCGGAGAUCUUUGCAGCCUACAUGCUGGAGAUCCUUCAGAUCGCGCGUGUGUCCAUCGCCUUCGAGGGGCUCAGCAUGCCGGUCUCGUGCUGGAAGCACGGCUGGGCCGACUCGGUGGUCCAAAGGCGCCACGCCCAGGAGCUCUGGGCAGGCGCCGGGCAGAUGGGCGUCGGCUUCACGUUGCUGGACGGGGCGGUGAGCCCCGAGUUGGCGUCACGCGCCAGGGAGGAGCUGGAGACCAUGGCGGCCCAGGGCGCCUUGUCCGACUUCUCCCAAAGCACCUGCAACCCGGGCUCGCAGCAUCUCUGGCUGCGCUUCUCGUCCCCGGAGGAGCGCCAGGACAUGCAGGCGAGGGCGCCCGCACUCCUGGAGCUGGGCGACGCGCUGGCCGGCCUUCCCGGCGCGCUGGAGCGCGCAGCGAGGUCUGCCGGCAUCCACGCUCCGGAGAUGCGGUUGUUCCCUUCGAUCAUGGCGGCAACAUAUGGUCCAGGCUCACACUAUGUUCCGCACCAGGACAAGUAUAGCGGAGGGAGCGCCGGGUUUGAGAACACCCGGGUGCUCACGAUCCUGUGCUACCUGAACCCAGACUGGCAGCCCGGUGAUGGUGGCGAGCUGAGGGUCUUGCAAACCGGCGAGGGGCCCGCCGAUCAGUCUGGACCCGGCAGCCGUGUUCCGCAGCUGCUGGGCAUCACGGCCGACCACUCCGAGUCCACGGCAUCCACAGCCUGCAAUAGCGAGGCCUUCGUGGACGUGCCUCCCCUCCUCGGGCGUAUUGUGAUGUUUCAGUCGCGGGAGGUCUGGCACGGCAUCCAAGCGUCCAAGGCCGCCCGUCGCUGGGCGGUGACCCUCUGGCUCCUCGCUGGAGCCAGCUCACACUGA